GGGUGGUCAAAAUAUCAAUGAAUUUCUACUAAAGCUAAAGUAGUUUUUCUGUUCAAAAUGAGAAGCCUCUGUGUUCUAUUUGUCGUUGGCCUCCUAGUGCAGCUGCAUAUGACCUCAGCUGGUUUCAAAGGAGGUCCUGAUCUGACAAGGUUCUUCUCCCUGGAGGCCAGCUCAACUUGUGGAGACACGCCCCCCUCUGGCAGUGGUGAUUUGGGGAUUGUGAGCUGUCUUCCUGGAGAGCGCAACGCUUCUUUUGUGCUAGAUGACGACUUGGAGAGCUGGUGGCAGUCUGAGGACGGAGAGAGCCCUGUGGAGCUGACCUUCUCCCUGCAAAAUCGUUCCCUCUUUCUGGAGCUAUCCAGUUUGCGUCUAAGCUUCCGAGACUUUCUCCCUCUCUCAUUGAGUGUGGAGAUACGUCCUCUCUCCGGUCAAGAGUUCACCUCCCUCAAGCAAUACACCUCUGACGGGUCAUGUGAUCUCACCACCCCCUGUACCAACCUCUCCAGCAUUGUUGUUGAGAGCAGUGCUGAUCUGAUAACACUCCUCGUUCCUCUCUAUGAGACUGUUGACGCGGUGAGAUUAGUGCUUGAAGGAUUCCAACCUGAUCUCCCCUUUGAAAGCCAGCACUACUCCUUGGCCGCAGCUGUAAUCUCUGCAAACAUAGCCUCGGGCUAUUUCGUUCGUUCACUUCACUAUAUACAAGCCCUUGGCAGCGAUGGAGUAAUCACACCCACUGGGGAGCGUGUCCCUAUUGGUACCGACCAAACUCUAUUCCCCGGCUCUCGAGGCUACGCCAUGUUAGAGUUUUCCGAUGAGGAACUGGCCAUGGUGCAGUUUGUGUUCCCUUCAAUACCCAUGGCUGGUCGAUACAGACUUGUGUUCCGUUACAAUCAACUCGGAGUUAGUAGGCGACCUACAGUUAUGAUAAUGCAAGGAGGAAUGGCUGUCACUGCUCGUGUGUCUCUACACACCAACUGUGAAGCUCCAUGCUACUCGACAGUGGUUGAGAGUGCAAAUAUCAAUCAGGAUGCCAUUUUUGAUCUGGCUGAAGGGCAACUCACGGUCACUGUUAGUUUAGAGGCUAUCAAUGUGCUUAUUGACUCACUCAUUGCUAUACCCGAGGAGUUCUAUGCUGCUGAAAUACCAGGGGGAGAGCAGUUCUCCCAAGAGUGUGAUGUUACCACUGGGAUAGUUAGCUCUCUCCUCUGUGUCCAAGGUGCUAUGCAGCUGUCACUAGAUCGCUAUGGAGAAACCUAUUCCUGUGAGUGUGGAGGUGUGGGUGCCGAUAGGAACAUGUCAUGUGACUCGUAUGGUGGACAGUGCUCAUGCUCUGAACCAGCUGAGGGGUUGGACAGCUAUAUUGGCCGUCAAUGUGACCUUUGCCCUUUCUAUUCGUACCAAACACCAGACGGAUGUACAGAGUGUGAAUGUCCUGAUCUGCUGGACAUGUGUGACGUCAUGACAGGACAGUGCUCCAGCUGCCCCCCAUUAGUUAUUGGAAGGUCAUGCGACUCUUGCAUUGACAACAGUUUUGGAGAUCCCACUGUUGGAUGUGAGCCUUGCCAGUGUGAUUUAAUUGGCUCCGUGUCGUCAUGUGACCAAACCAACGGUAGCUGUACCUGUAAGACUGGAGUUGCAGGACUGACAUGUGAUCGCUGUGAUGAAGGUUACUACAGACUCUCGUCUGUGGGCUGUGAGGCCUGUGGGUGUGAUGGUGUGGGGAGUGUAGGAGUGGCGUGUGAGCUGUCUGGACAAUGUACUUGCAAGCCGGGAGUGGGUGGAGUCAAGUGCUCCCAAUGUCUCCCUGGCUACUUUGCAUUCUCCGACAACGGCUGUACAUUAUGCAACUGUUCGGGCCGAUCCUCCAACUGCACCCUCCACCCUGACGCUGGCCUCGGUUCUCCGCGGGAGGUCUGUAGUUGCCCCCACCCCUAUACAGGGGCGUCAUGUGAAGAGUGUGUGGGCGGGUUCUUCGUCUCGAGCCUGAGUGGGGAGUGUGAGGCAUGUGAGUGCAACGGUCGAGCGGAACUGUGUGCAGCUGGCACUGGAGUGUGCUUGGAUUGUGAGGCUAACACUACUGGAUCGAGCUGUGAGCAAUGUCUGGAGGGUUUCUAUGACAACGAGCCUGGACCUGAUUGCAACUGUGUUGAUUGUCCUUGUGAUUCCAUCACCGUGUUUAAUUCCUCGUGUGUUGUGAGUUCUUCUGGAGAACCGUCUUGCCAUUGUUUACCUGGCCACAUUGGAUCUCUGUGCGACACCUGUGAGGAUGGUUACUAUGGCGACCCGCCAUCCUUCCGAUGUACAUCAUGUGACUGCAAUGGGAACAUAGAUCCUGAUACUCCAAUGUCAUGUGAUCGUGAUACGGGGGUGUGUCUGCUGUGCGUUAAUAACAGUACAGGGGAUGAGUGUCAGUUUUGUGAUGUUGGAUUUUUCGGCGAUGCUACUGUUCAAAAUUGUCAGUCUUGUAGUUGUUUGGAGGCUGGCUCUGAUAGUUCACUUUGUAAUGCCACCACUGGACAGUGUUCGUGUUUGGAAGGGGUGGGUGGACAGUCAUGUGACCAAUGUCAGGAUGGCUUUUGGAACUUUACGGCUAGUGCUGGGUGUGAGCUGUGUACUUGUGGGGAGGGCAGUACAAGUGAGGUGUGUGAUGUUGUGACUGGCGUGUGCCCGUGUAGGCUGGGGGUGGGUGGAGACGAGUGUUCCAGCUGCCUCACCGGAUAUUACAACUUUACUGCCCAAGGCUGUACAGACUGCAGUUGUGGAGUGGGAUCAGUCAACGCUAGCUGUUCAUCCGAGGGGGGUUGCUAUUGCCAACCAGGGGUCACAGGGACCAAGUGUGAUGAGUGUGCCCCCUUCCACACGGACCUUUCGUCCGAUGGGUGUGAACCUUGUGGGGAGUGUGAGCAGAGCUUGAAGGACGACCUGCAAACAGCCGUACAAGAAAUAGAACAAGCUGAGGGGAACCUGGACAUUUUCGAGGCACUAUAUCGAGCAGACAUUGAGGGAUGGAGUGUUAUUAAUGCCUCUGUUGAGGUACUGAUUGAGGGGAUCGCUAGUAACACUCAGCGGUUAGACAAUUUUGAAGAUCGAUUUGAUGACCUGGAAGCGGCCAGUGCAGCAGUUAACAUGAGGGAAGAAGAUAUACUAGCAGCGAUUGCUGCCACCCUGGAGAGAGUCACCAAUCUUCUACCCUAUGCCGAGAGUGUGAGCGCACACAUACAGAACGUUUACAAUACCAUGCAAGACGUCCUCAUUGACAUUGGACUCAUCAAUUCAAUGCUACGUUCCUCCUUAGUGAUCAUUGAACAAAAGGCUAUUGCCGCGGAAAUGAUAUCGAAUGACAUCAUCAAUCUCACGGCAACCCCCUACAGAGAUGAUUAUAGUACUGAGGUGAUCAGAACGACGACCUUAUUGACACAAGUUCAGCAAAUUACAGGACAACUCGCUAUCUAUCUCGAGUAUGGAAGGAAUCAGCUUUCACAGGCAACAAAUAUUUCAUCGAAGUACGAGAGGAUUGGAGAGCAUAGCAACGAACUAACCAAUCAGAUUGUCAGCUUACAGAAUAAUUUGAGUGCUGUUAUGGACUCAGUUAAUACUAUAGCAGCUAGCCUGCAACAGAUUACUUCCGAUGUUGCCACGGUGAAUUAUGUUAUUGCUUUUGCCAAUAGUACACUACAGAAUGCCGACUUAUUACUAAACGACUUGCAAAUCUCACUAAUGGUUAUACGAAACCAUAUUGAGGAGUUGGGAGAAACAAUCGGAGAAGAGGGAACAAAUAACUAUUUUAGCGGCAGUGGUUCUGGUUUUGGAUCCGGUUUUAUGUCUGGAAUGGGAUCUGAGAAUGAACAAGUAGAACCUUCCAUACCACCGGAUUCCGAGCCCUUGACAGUACGAAUGGGUGUGGCUUUGCUGGGAGAGCGGGUGGGUAGUCUCACGCGAGAGGUGGAUGAGUGUGAAGAGGUGUUACUGUUGGCUGAAGAUCAUGUGACUUCCCUUCAACGGGCAGCUCAGGAGAUAAACAAUACUCUGUCUCCAAGCCUCUCUGCCGGCAAUUCUGCUGUAUCAGCAAUCAUAAAUUACAUGGACACGAUAGCGCUCAUCCAGCAAGCUGCCAACAUCACUACCAUCACCACCGCCACUCUAGAACAGGUUCAGGCCACUCUUAGUAACCUUGAUAAUCAAAGCUUUGAAGAAGAGGCAGCUAAUCAACUUGUCACAGCCGAGGCACAGCUGGCAGAGGCACAGUCGUUAGUGGAAACCGUUUCAAACCUCACACAAGCUUUUGACAAUGCUACGACUUUAGUCGAAAUGGAUACCAAUGAAACGUCUCGUGUGGCGUUGGAUGUCAUUACACUGCGACAGAGAGUGAAUGAUUUGUCAACAGCGGUAAUGUUUAUCAACGACACUAGCUCCCUGUCUCGGGACAUUGCAGAGGUGGAGGCUAUGCAGGCUGGUCUAGUUGAGAGGGUACCUCCACUCCUGGCUGAUAUUGCUGUCUCAACAGCUCUGGUAGAGGACGCUCAAAUUCUUGUAUCUCAGACCAACGAGCUCAUAACUUCAACGAAUGCCUCCAUUUUGAGUACCAGUGAGCAUGUGCGAGCAUCCGCCGACCUACUCACUGCAACACAGGCUCAGGCCGACAGCAACUCACAGCUACUAGUGUCAAUAUCAUCAACUGUAGAUUCUAUCAACAGUCAACUUGCCAUCGCCAUGGAGGCAGCAGCUUCGAUUGACGUAGCGUUGAGAUUCAACGGCAACAUGAGACGUACCUAUCCGGCACCUCCCACUACUAACACCACCACCACCAUUUCUCUGGCUUUCAGACCAGCACAGGUCGAGUAUGGAACUCUGUUCUAUACCAGUUCCGGAACUGAGUCGUCUGACAUGGAAAUCGGACCUGACCAGGGCUUUUCACUCCGACUGUUCAAUGGUAGUGUACAAUUUGGAUACGAUGGAGUGAGUGUGGUCUCUACGGAAGAGGGGGUGGUGAGAGUGGACCAGUGGUACCAGCUGUAUGCAUCAAGGGACUUGGACUCAGUCUAUCUCUCAGUGGCUCCGUUGCAAGGGGGAGUCCCUACCUACUCAGUUUCCACAGUAACUACGUCUCUCUCCAUGCCCACUGCUGCUAAUAUUAUCGUCCUGGGAGGUGGUGCAGAGGAUAUGGGACUAGUGGUUCCCAACAAUGAUGGUUACCUUGGAUGCAUUGAUCGGGUGGUGGUCAAUAACGAGAGGCUGGCUUUGUUACUACCCAACGAGAGGAGCCCCAUUGUCACCGUCUGUGGACCAAGGCCUCCAGCAGAUCUGCCGAGGGCAUUCGAGACUGGGGUGUGGCUUCAAGGUGCCGGCAGCUUCCUGGCUCUAAACUCUGCCCGUCUGAGCAUUGAGGGAGGUGUUAGUGUCUCUCUUUCAUUCCGUACCCUCACACCCUCGGGCACAAUCCUCUAUCUCACCAGUAGUGACCUUGUGGCAUACGUCAUUGUGUACGUUGACAAUGGGUGGGUGUGGCUAGAUUACAGUCAGACUGGAUUGGACAGGACACGUAUUCGAACCACCUCCACUUACACUGAUGGGCAAUGGUAUGCUUUGAGUGUGCAGUUGAACCAACAAGGUGUUGUAUUGACUGUGAACGGAACUGAUGUUGUACAAGGUGGAUCUCCGACUAUCAUGCCUAGGGCGUUCAACUCAACUAAUCAUCUCUUUAUUGGAGGGGUUUCCCCACAAGUAGAGGAAGUAGUGGAGACCCUCAGGCCCUCUUUGUCGGGAUGUGUGCGUGAAAUCUCCAUUGACGACCAGCUGCUUGACUUGCAACAGAACACAAACUCGUAUCGCGUUUCACUGGGAGGAUGUCCAGAACAAGUCUCACCAGGUGCUCGCUUCAUGGGUGAGGCGUACGGACAGUUUGCCGUGGCUCAGCGAGUGGAGGGAGUGGCUAUUGAAUUCAGAACAUCUCAACUAGCUGCUCUGCUCCUACAAGUCAACAGUCAGCCUCCAUUAUCGCUCAGUCUCUAUCACACUCGAGUGAGGCUGGACUUUGGCUCCUACACUUUCGUGUCUGCAACCAACGGUCUCAACGACAAUCGAUGGCACACUAUUGUCAUAGCAAACUCAACACUGACUGUGGAUGAUGAGGUGUACUCCAUAGACUCCCUGGUCUCAGGAAGACCCCCCACAGCCCUCCUGGUGGGAGGAUCACCUGACCAGACCAGUUCCGUGGUGGGAGAGAGUUUGAGAGGAUGUGUGAGAAACUUGCAAUACAACGGAGGGCUACUUGACUUCAACAAUGCCGAGUCUCUAGUGGGUGUGUCCUUGUAUGGUUGUCACCCACCCUCCCUCACAAUCCCCACACCACCACCCCCUCCACCACUCUCACCCCCACCCUCCAUACGCCCCAACGUCACCGCUGGCCUGGGGGGAGCCCCUGGGUCGUUCAUCGCCGUCCGUCUAUCACACGAGGAACUACUCAUUGCUCACUCUAUUGUUCUGGAGUUCCGCACCAGUUCCUCGGAUGCCGUCCUCCUCUACACUCAGGAUGUGGUAGCUGUCUUUGCCGACUACCUCUCACUCGAGCUAAGGAGAGGGAGACUCUACUACUCCUAUAAUCUGGGCUCUGGGCGGGUGUUCAUUACCUCUAACCACACCUACAAUGACGGCCUACUGCAUGUCGUUGAGAUUCGACGAUCUGCUCAGAUGGGUGAGCUGAUAGUUAACGGAGGGUCAGAGGUCAUCUCAGACACUGCCCCUGGCUCAUUUACACAACUCAACAUUUACUCUGGACUCCUCUUCCUGGGCGGAGUCCCGUCCAUACUGGAGCUGGCUCUCAUCUGGCCAGGACAAGAGGAGCCGCUGAGUGCUCUUGCCUGUUUCCAUGCUCUCUCCAUCAACGGUGUGUACCAGGACCUCAGUGUCCCCCAUGCUGUGAAUGGUGGUACAAGUUGCCUCGAGUCUUACAACAACGUUGCCACAUUCAACGCUGACUCAUACCUCCAAUUAUUGGACAACUUUGAUGGUGGAGUCAGCUUCUCGUUCUCGCUGCGUUUCCGUACCAGUUCUUGUUCCGGACUACUCCUCUACUCCCACAGCCUCCUGUUCCCAGACCACAUCGCCCUCGAACUACUCAAUGGAACAGUGCGGUUUGUGUUUGACAAUGGUCCCAUGGAGACGGUGGUGGAGUACACACCUCCUAGCCCUGCCCACCUGUGUGAUAACGAGUGGCAUACCCUCCGUGCUGAGAAGGAUGGUGUGAGAGGUGUGCUAAGUGUGGACGAGGGGGACCCUGUCUCCGCCCUCUCUCCUCACCCCAGCUUCAGGGCCGUCAACAUCAACGACCCCCUCUAUGUUGGGGGCGUGGCUGCUACUGUUCGUAGACGUUUCACAUCUCAAGCUCCCUCGUUCAAAGGUUGUAUUGCAGACCUCUACCUGAGUCAAGGGGAGGAGGGUCCCAGGAGACUGCUGCUGGCUCAGGCAGUGAAGGGGAACAAUGUGGACCAUAACAUUUGUAGCCUGUAAUCUCAGACUGAAAACUUUGUAUAAACUGUAUAGCGGGUAAUUUUCGAGGCUGUUGAUUUUCGGGAGUAAAAAUGUCCUUUGCAUUGCAUGCGUUCUAGUAAACGUACUACAUUGAAUUCCAAAUUACACCAUUAUUUUAUACUUA